UCUCUGUCUCUCUCUCUAAGAAACAGGGGGAGAGGACUCCCCUCGCUCUCCCUUUAUAUUCUUGUGUCUUGUUUCCCGUUAACGCCAUUAACUUUCCCGUUCAACUUCUUCUUCUUCUUCUUCUUCUUCGUCAGAGACAGCACUCCUAUUCUCUUGCUUCUUGCAGGUAAAAUAGGAGGAUGGAGGCCCCGGAGUCUUGUGUACCUCCUGGUUUCAGAUUUCACCCAACGGAUGAGGAGUUGGUUGGCUAUUACCUCAGGAAGAAGGUUGCCUCGCAGAAGAUAGACCUUGAUGUGAUCAAGGACAUCGAUCUUUACAGGAUAGAGCCAUGGGAUAUUCAAGAAAGAUGCAGAAUCGGACAGGAGGAACAAACAGAAUGGUACUUUUUUAGCCACAAGGACAAGAAGUACCCGACGGGGACGAGGACCAACAGGGCAACUAUGGCCGGCUUCUGGAAGGCCACCGGAAGGGACAAGGCCGUCUACGACAAGCUCCGCCUCAUCGGUAUGCGUAAGACUCUGGUCUUCUACAAAGGCCGGGCACCCAACGGCCAGAAAACCGAUUGGAUCAUGCACGAGUACAGGCUGGAAACCGAUGAGAAUGGACCCCCUCAGGCACAAGGAUGGGUCGUUUGUAGAGCAUUCAAGAAAAGGACCAACUGUCAGACAAGAAGCAGUGAGGCAUGGGAAUCGGGUUACUUCUAUGAAGACCACAAUGGUGCAUUCGACUCCCUGAACUUCCUCUCAAGCCAACGGCCUGCUGUAGUAUGCAAGCAAGAGCAUGAACUUGAAGGUGUGAACAACUACAGCGUUGCAGAGAGGCUUCUGCAGCAGCUGCCUCAGCUAGGGAGCCCUAAGUUACAGUUUUGGAACGCACCCAUCUCGCUUUGCAUGGCAGAAGGUGGCGGCGGCCUGUUCCCACAGUAUGACUGUGGUGGAGGAAGCGAGGAAAUGGCGGGGAAACAAAAGGAGAACUUGACGGAUUGGAGGGCGCUAGACAGGUUUGUUGCCUCACAGUUGAGCCAUGAAGAAUAUGAAGGAGAAGGCGACCAAGGGUGUGAGUUUGGGUUGAUCCAUGAUCAGCAGAGGGAGUUGGGCUUGGUUCUCUUGGAGGGAGUGGAGGGACAUGGCCAUGAGCUUGAUCAUCAUGGGUUGCUGGAUAUAAGCCCUGGUUGUGAUGUUGAUGUUGUGCAGAUCUGAUACGUGGAAUUUGCAUCCUUCCGAAAGGGAGGAUAUGGAGCAUCGUCUCCUCUUAAUUUCUGUGCUUUUAAUGAGUUAAUUAUUGAUAGUAGCAAUUGGGGUUGCUUGUGUAGAUAAGGAGUAGGGAUAUAUUGUUGAGAAGUAUGUAUGCAGCAGCCAGCGAGAGCUCUCUCUCUCUCUCUCUCUCUCUCUCUCUCUCUCUCUCUCUCUCUCUCUCUCUCUCUCUCU